CCUCUCUGGCACGGACACUGGUCCGGACCGUCUCUUCCUUCCAUGGCAGUAUCUACUAGGCACUCAUAUUUGAUUUCUUUUCGAGGUCUCUCUACCCCUUACUCUUUUCGAACGGACUUCUGGAUUUAAUCUCAAAUCGCUGUAUUUUCUGUUCUAAACUGUUCAGGUCCAAUUCAAACUAACCGGAUAAGCCUGAGUGGCUGAGACAUGAGUCAAGAGGCUAUGCGGCGCAUGACUCAACAUUAUCUCACGAUGUUCGAGCAAUUUAAGCCAAAAUUAACUAUAGGUCUACAAUGACAGUAUUCCACAAUGCAGGUUAUAAAUCUCCCCCUAGCUCCCUCACUGUGGGGAAAUAGCGCAGAAAGGGAGAAAAAAAGAAGAAAAAGGAGAAGGACAACCAAUACACAUCAGCGUGGAUCAAUCACGCAAUUGGGGAUCAUCAGCCAUGGCGAUCGAUAUCUCCGAGCCUCAACUCAUCCAGCGCAACCCCUUCGCUCGAGAUCCAGCUACCCGACUACGCGCCAGAUCAAAGCCAAAGGGUGUCAAGCAAGCCAGACUCAAGCAUCGCACCAUAAUCGAGGCCCAAGCGGCGGCGGAAGAGGGGGCGCGGAUGAAGGCGAUAGCCGAGCAGAAAACUGAGUCUGAUCUCUUAGAUAGAUUCUUUGCCCUCCCUUCAGAGGUGCGCAACCAUGUCUACCGUCUUCUCUUAGUACAACCAUGCAAAUUCAACUUCACCCACAGCUUCUGGUGCAAGCCAUUAUAUUAUGAGUUCCCCGGUCCGGCAAAUGAAGACUCUCGCCACCUGGUUCAUGGUUGCGCCGACUGUCGAUGGUACAUCUGGGGCUCGAAACUACCCGUGUUUGUAUCUCCCGCACGCAGUCAAUGGGCACCACCGAUGACGAAUGAGCUCAUGUGCGAUAACUGCUACUCGGAUAAUGUCCGGUCGAAACGAGAGCCACAUCCGCCUUUGCGGGUCCUCAAGUGUCUCUGCGCGCGUCGGGAGAAUCUUCACGUAUUCCUCAUCAACAAGAAGUUCUAUAAAGAGGCAUCACAUGUAUUCUGGACGGAGAAUUGCUUUGCUUUCGAAACCCCGACUGUUCUUAUAAACUUUCUAUCGUGUAUCCGGCCGCAAACGCGAUCGUUAAUAACGAAAAUAUCACUUAUGCUUGAUCACGAUAAGGUGGACGUGAAACUCGAUCUCGAUCGGAAACAUGUGCAGCAAUGUUGGAGACUAUUGAGAUUAUGUGAUGGCUUAACGGAGCUGGAGCUAGAUCAGUUCUUCCUGUCGAACUUGCAUUGGGUUCUAGGAAUAAAGAAUAUCACUCCGAAGACGCGAAUGACAUUUUCAAGGACGCCGAAGCAGGCGGAGAUCCAGUACCUAAUGACGUACGAUCGGCGGAUUUGGAUAGAUAUCUCGAGACGACAGCCGGUAUGUAACACAUUGACAGAUACGCUUGCCCUUAGUAUGGUUAGACAGACGCCGAUGAGAGGAAAGGCAACGCGGGCACUGUUUGAAAGGCAUCAACGCACAAAGAAUGGAGAUGUAAAUGAUAUAGAUUAAACGUUUGCAUACAUAUGAAUGCUGGGGCUCUAGAGCUCUGCUACCGGAUAGACUAUAUCCAGGAAUCCCCUUAUACUAGCCCAGACUUCCAUAUUCAAAUGAGUAAUCUUACAGGGACAGAUACUUAUAUCUCGCGAAACUAUUUAUUCUACCCCAUAUCGGCGCAAUCGGUCACUUAGAAUAAUCUUGGCGCAGAGGUCUGCCAUUGGCCCAUUCAUCUCGCUUUUCC